AUGUCAUCCAAACGAAUAGUGAUGAGCUUUAGCAAAAUCGACACAUACCUUUCAUGCCCUCAUCGCUAUUACCUCACCUAUAAGGACCCUACUGUCGUUGCCAAAACAACGCCUCCCAUGAUUCGAGGGUCUGCCCUUCAUGAUUCGUUAGCUCAUGUCGCCAAAGUGUACAAUUUAGUGUACCAACAAAUUGAUGCUCAAUCUCAUCCUUUGGGUCGAAAGACUCCUUACCUUACUCCGAUAGGAAACUAUUCUAAAGAAUACGUACCUGAUAAGCCUCGUUCUAACACUCGUUAUGAGCAUGAAGAAAACUCAGCCUUCAAUAUCAAGAUUGCUCGAACCAUCGCCCACGAAAUUAAAAAGGAGAGAAAUUUAGAGGGUGGUAUGAUGGACUGGACUGGAAUGCUGGUGGAUCGAGCCAUCAAGAUCUACAACAAGGUUCUUGUGGGUAGUGGUAGAGCCUCAAAUAUGUGGGUUCCAAAACCUAUGGCUGAGGAAGGAAAACGGAUAUUGCAAGAUCACGUAUUAAGGGAGCUUACCACGGUAUUGGCUCCACCAUCUGCCAUGUUUCAACAAAAUCAACAAUUAUCAUCAUCAUCAUCAUGGAAGAAUCAUUCUUCUUCUCCGGAUUGUCAUGAAAAGGAAUUCAAUGAUGCAAUUACCCAUGAAAACCAUACUACUACUACUACUCGUAGUAAGAAUAAUACUACUCAUCAUCAUGAAAAUAAUAACAUGAAAGAGCAAUAUACUCCUGAAUCGUUCGGAAUGGAAGGCACACGGUUACCCCUUCUCAUUGAAGAGCCGUUUGUCUUGAAAAAUAUCGGAGGCAGAGAAGAUAUUGAUAUGGUUUUUAUAUUUGAUCGUGUCGACUUGGAGAGAGACAAGAAGAGUGUUGUUGGAAAUGUAGGAUGUGCAUUCACCUCUCCAUUCAAACCAUUACCCACCGAUAAGCACGUAUUGGUUGAAUAUAAAACGAAAAUUAAGCCACACAAUGUAGAGUUGUACAGAACACAACUUGCAAUGUAUCACUAUGCUUUUAAGGAAUUAUUUGGAAUUCCUGCGGAUAAGAGUUAUUUGACGUGUAUUGAUAGUGGAGCUGUCUAUGAAUUUGAUGACUCUGAAUUUGAUUCUAUGGAUACUGAAUUUAUGAUUAUUGAUUGCGCUGACAAUAUUUUGGAAGAUACAGAAUGGAAGCCACAUCCCUCUAAAAGUAAAUGUUAUAAUUGCACUGUAAGACAUGCAUGUAAAUAUGCAUGGGAUCCACAGAGGGAGUUAGUACAAGAACAGAUCCGACGAGGAGAGGAAAGAAGAAGGGAGAGUGAAAACUUUGAAACGUGA